UUUCUCUCCACCUCCUCAUCCUGUCCCGAUCUCUCAGGCUCUGCCGUCUUUUCUCUUUCUGCCUUUCUGUUUUUCUCCCUCCGUCCACCCCCUUUCUAACAUCCUAAUCUCCCUGCCACCUUUGCUCCAGCACUAGGCUAGAGAGGCUGUCUGUGGUGGAGCCAGCCAUGAGCUGACAGCUCAGCCAGCUGUGCGGAGGCUCCCUAAGGUCACAGUGUUUCCUCACUGGGGAUGACUUGGUCAUGAUACACUCUGUUUCCUCAUUUCUACAGUUUUCAGUCUGAGUCUGAGCCUGGGCUGGGGCCACAGCUGACUGGCUGAUAGGAAAUACCAGGGACCUGAGUCUGCUCCUGCUCUGGGACAAAAGUCCAGGCCCAGCAAAGUGGUGGUCAGUUGCCUCUCUCCCAUUCAGAAUGAUGGAUGAAAAGAACUCUGACCGGAUAGAUUCUGAAUUCAGAUACACCCUCAUUCCCAUUGUCUACAGUAUCAUCUUUGUUCUGGGAAUCCUCUCAAAUGGUUACGUGUUAUGGGUGUUUGUCACCCUCAACCCUGCCAAGAAAUUAAAUGAAAUCAAGAUCUUCAUGGUCAACUUGACAGUGGCUGACCUGCUCUUCUUGUUUACUCUGCCCUUGUGGAUUGUCUAUUAUUUUAACCAGGGUGACUGGAUCCUACCCAACUUCCUCUGCAAUUUGGCAGGCUGUCUCUUCUUCAUCAAUACUUACUGUUCUGUGGCCUUUCUCGGGGUCAUUACUUAUAAUCGCUUCCAGGCUGUGACAGACCCCAUCAAAGCAGCCCAAUCCACCACCCGUCGGCGGGGCAUCAUCCUGUCCCUGAUCAUCUGGGUCGUGAUUGUAGGGUGUGCCUUGUAUUUCCUCAUUUUGGAUUCGACAAACGUUGUUCUCCUGAAGACCGGUGGGAAAAAUGUAACCCGCUGCUUUGAAAAUUAUGAAAAGGGAAGCAUCCCUGUUCUCAUCAUUCAUAUCAUCAUUGUGUUCUGCUUCUUUAUCGUUUUCCUUGUGAUCCUGGUCUGCAAUGCGAUCAUUAUCCGGACCUUGUUGGCUCAGCCUCUCCAGCCCCAGAGCAAUGCUAACGUUAAACACAAAGCCCUCUGGAUGGUUUGUACCGUGAUGGCCGUCUUUUUCAUCUGCUUUGUGCCCCACCACAUCAUUCAAUUGCCCUGGACUGUGGCGGAGCUGAAGAUAGGUUUUCAGGGCAACAGCCGUGUGCAUCAGUGUAUCAAUGACAUCCACCAAGUGACUCUCUGUCUCAUGAGCAUCAACUGUGUCUUGGACCCUAUCAUCUACUGCUUCCUCACCAAGAAAUUCCGAAAACAUCUUUCAGAGAAGUUACAGAGCAUGAGAGGGAGUCGCAAAUGUUCCCGUGUCACUACGGAUACGGCUGUAGAAGUGGUCGUGCCCCUUAACAACUAUCCCAUCAAUACUAUGACCAAGUAUUCUGUGACUCCAGUGCCCUAGAGGCAAAAACCAGUGCCCUGCAGGUGUCAUGCUGGGAUCCAGAAAGGAAAGAGAAGGCACUCCAUCUGAGCCUGGACAGUACUCUCUGCCUUGUUUCUCUGGACAAUUACAGAUCAGUGAGAGAGAUGAGAGAAUUUCUCCAAACUAAGCUGAGAAGAUGUAAAUUUUGCCUGAAUAGGCUGCUCCCUUCCCUUCUAGACGAAUAGACUUGUUCUUAGGAAAUCUUACUCUUCCCAGCUUCCAGGAUUACAUUGGAGAAUCUGCAUGUGGUAUGGUGAUUCCUGUUUAGUGGUUCACAGACCUCUUGGGGGUUCAACACAAUGGUGCUAAAUAGAGCACUGGUUCUAGAAUGAGUUCAAAUGUGGCCUUGGACACUUGUUGGUCAUGUGACUCACUCUGUCUGCCUCAGUUUUCUCAUCUAUAAAAUGAGCUGCAGAAGGAAAUAGCAACUACUCCAGUACCUUUACCAAAAAAGUCCCAAGAGGAGUCAGAAAGUGUUGGACACAGCUAAAAUGACUGAACAACAAUAACAGCAGCAACAACAAAACAGUAAAUAGUUGCACGAUAUUAUAAUUAGUAUAUAAAAUUACUGUGGCAAUUUGCAAUACAUUUUGUUGUGUGUUCAUGGAGCAAAAAACUUGGAAACCACUGCUUUUGGGGAAAUAGCACUGAAUUGGUUGACACAAGACCAGAGUUCAAAUCCUUGCUCUCAUACUUGUAGUCUUAAUGAUUUGGGACACAUUAAUGAACCUCUCUGGGUUUCAGUUUUAUCAUCUAGAAAAUAAGGGAGUUGAAUUUGGUGACCCCUGAGGCUACUAAAUCUGUCCUACGACUUCCAUUCUGUGAGAUGAUGCCAGAGUAAAAGCUGAACCCAAAACUCCUUUCAUUUGAUCCCUUCACUAUCCAAUGACUAGAUUAUUCCCUGUGAAUCCUCAACAUCCCAUCCCAGGAGCUGACAUCUCAUUGGAGGUAUCCUACAAUCCUAGGUGAUGGUUCCCAUAAAAGAUAGUUCUAGGAAGAGCUAACUUGAACUGGUAGGUAGAACCCACAGGAUAAAAGGAAGAAUUGGAAAUCAUCUCUUGUAGUAAUUUUCUCCUUGAUGAUGAGGAAGAUGAUGAAUUAACUGCUUUGUGCUGUGAUCAUUGAAGGUCUGAGCCACAUUUCUCAUAGGGAAGGACCAGGGACUGCUACUCAAACUAUCCAGCUAACAAACUCUCAUGAGUGAAAUGGACCAGAUGAAUUCUGUGGUCAUAAAAUCAUAGAGUUUGGGAGCUCUGUGAGUCUGUAAGUCCAUCAAACCUUGCACAGUGUUAUGAAUGCAGAAGGUGUCUACUCAGUAUUUGUUGAGAAUUUAUGUGGUGGGACUUAGAAUUCAGUUUCACUCAUGUUCUAGUCUCCUCUUUACUUUUGUGUGUAUGACUUUGGGCAUGUCACUUAACUUUUCUCUAAGUGCAAAUAAUACUUUUCCUGCCCAAUGUUACAGGAUUUGGUUUGGUUUUUUUGAGCAUCAAGACUGAAGGGGAGACAACAUCUGUGAAAGCACUUUGUAAGUUGUAAAGCUCAAUGGAAACACACUUCAGUACUUCCAGAUUUCUGUGAUUUUAUCUGUUUGGGUACUUCUACUAACUCAGUUUGCAACCUCUUCCAUGCUUAUAUGGACAUUUCAGGAGUUGCUAUGGCCUCAAAGUUGACUGACACUCUAAUAAUGUGCCUUUUCCAUCUUAAUCAGGCUAAGUUCUGAUUUAACAGAUGCAUACUCUCUAAAGUCUGAUCUGGAUGCCUUUCCAGUUUGGUACAACCAGACAAUGUUUGACGUUCACCUGUAGGCCGCAAUAAGGCAGCAGAGAAGGAUAAACAAAGGAAUAAAUUGACCCCUAGGCCUGGAGUGACGAUGACUCAUUCCCAGAUGCUGAGGAGGCUGCCUUUUCAGGGUACUUGUUUCAAGGGCAAGCAUGGCAGGAAAGGUACAGAUAUGGCAACUGGAAGCUGGAAAUCCAUCCAUCUCUUCUUCUGGAAUAGAUUGAUCUGACACUUCAAAGUCCACACAAAGAAGUCCAGUUCAAAAAUGGCCAGCUGUGGCCUCAGUUAGGCCUUGAACAAUUCCUGGUGUGUGUGUGUGUGUGUGAGAGAGAGAGAGAGAGAGAGAGAAGCCUCCAUGUCAGGAUUCAAUUUCUGAAUCCAUUCCACCAAAGCCUGGCUUUCCACCUACCUCAUUGCCUGGGCCACAUCUAGAUACUGAACACUGUGUGGUUUGGGGGCCGGGAGGUAGAAUAGCAGAUAAUAAUCAAAUGAGAUUUUUUCAAAUAAAUGAAAGGGAAAGAACACUGGGUUUAGAGUCAGAGGACCUGGUCCUGGAUCUAGGGCUGAAUCUGGACUUUUAGCCAGAUUUUUCUAAUUCUAAAACUAGCAUUUUUCUCACUUUGUCACUUCUCUUUGGAUCCCAAGCUCCAAAUCUAUCUGUAUAAUCUUGGGUGAGUGUACCACUCGGGAUCUCAUUUAUAAAAAUGAAGGGAUUAGAUCAGAUGAUUCUUAGCAGGUCCAUCAGUCACAGAAAACUUUGGUAAUAGUUACAUAAACUUUAGUGAUUUGCCAGCCCUAAUGCUUAGAGGGAGAGCUUCCAUACUUAAGGCUAGAUGGACUUUGGCAUUCCUUUCAACUCUUAAAUUCUGUGCUCUUCUUGCUUUAUGACCCAAAGGCUUUUGGCAAGGAUGUGCUGGUAAAUGUUUAACAACCGACUCUUUGGAAGAAAAAUGUAUACAUCCCACACUUUUAAAAAUCAAACCUUAAUUUCUGAACUAUAAAUGCUCUCACGGAAAAUUUAACAGUCUGCCAGCCCAUUAGAACUGGUUUCAGCAUGGACUCUGAGAAGCCUUCAGUCAAUCAAUCAAGAAGCACUUAAGAAUCUCCUCUGUGCCAGGCACCAUUCUGUUCCAUGGGGAUACAGAUACAAGGAUAGAACAAUCCCUCUCUGAAAGGCCUCACAGUUUAAAACCUGAAGGGAUGAAUUUGGACUCUGCUCUGACAUUUACUAGCUGUGUGAUCCUGGGAAAGAUGCUCGGCCUCUCUGAGACUCCUCUGUAAGAUUGGACUCACUGGCUCCUUCUAACCCUAGAUCUAUGGUGUGGGGUAGUGUGCCUCGACAGUAUAGAGCUGGUUAGGGACAAGCAGAGGAAAUUGGGAGGAGGGCUCACAGUCCCCUAAAUAGUCAGCAGCCAGUCCAUUCUAGCAGACCCCAUGUGGAAAGUGGGCUUCUUGAUAGAGUUCCAGAGGUUUGUGACUAUCCUUAAUACUGCUGCUACUUUGAACCCUGCUUCUUUGCCAUGUGUCUUGUAAGCAUUGGAUGUCAAAUAAAUAUAUUUUUGAUAAGCAAAAAAGGAUUUAUUUUUCUUU